AUGCGUACCAGCAUUGCCUUCUUCGCGUCGACGCUCGCUACAGCACUGGCGUGCCCGGACGGCCAUGUCCUGACGUCCAGCGCCGAACUCUGCGGCGACAUUUGUCCGCUCCAAGGCGGUGUCAAGGCCCAGAGCUGCGUCUACUACCCGAGCCAGUUGGACGACUUUACGUGCGAACCGUCGUCGCUUGGCUCGUGCGUUGAAGCGCCCGAGGCUGGCUGCAUGCUCAAGUGCCUCAGCAACACGUGGGCUCGAAACGGCUCGUACGCGAUCGGGCUUCGUGGCGCCUCAGGGUCCUUUGGCCGUGCCGAGCCGGUCCGUAUCGUCCAGGACUAUCGCGCCGACAACAUCACCGAGCUGGUGCUCAAAAACUACAACGACGAAAAGUACCCGCUGGCGCUCCUCGACGGCGCCUUCACCAAGUCGUCGCUAACGUCGUUGUGGAUCGAGAACGUCAAGCUGUCGAUCCAGGAACAUGUGUUUCCGCCAUACGUCGAAACGCUCGUGCUGCGCAAGGCCGGCGUCCGUUGGAUUCCCAAGGAGGUCUUUGGCCUUCAGUCGCUCAAGGCACUGGAGAUUUCGGGACAGUAUCUCGACACGACCGACCUCUCGGACGACGAGAAGGCCUUCUUGACCAACGUCAACUGCACCUUCUCGCGCUAA